AUGUCCCUCAUCGGCAUUUCCAGGGAUGUCGCGGCCCUCCGAGAAUUAACGAUCCAGGAGUUCACUAAACUGAACAGAGAAGUGAAAGAGCUGAAGUCGAAGGUCACUACCUUGCAGAGGCAAAUCCAUAAGCAGUCAGCUCUCAAGCAUGGUGGACUCAUAUCCUCCCCUGAGCCCGACGACAAGACGGUACUCUACACUCUGAGUACGCUGGCUCUCGAUGAGGUCGUGGAGGAUGCUGUCGCCAGCGAUAGGACUGAGGACACUCUAGAGGCAUUAUCGAUGGAGACUUCGCUGGAGGGCAGUACUGAAACGACCGAGCCGCACUGUGAGGGUGGGAAAGAGGCUGAGGGGAGCAAAGGGUUGGUCGUGGGCAGUCGGAGCUCAUCGAAGUCGAUUGAUAGUCGGAGGGACUCUUUCAUCAGCACAGUAUCCCACGUUGUUGGAAAUGUAGCAAGAACCCCGAAGAAGUCCGCAUCGGCGUCAGCUGCCGGCGCUCAGCCUACGUCCACUAAGAAGCGACGCCGGCUAGAGGUGGACACAUCUUACUUGGUUGAAACGGACUUGACGGUGAAGCACGAUGGGAGAAUACUGUGUGAUCUAUACCGGUUCUCCCUCUGGCCUAAAGGAAUGCUCUCGAGUCAACUCCGACAGCAGUUAAAGAAGGUCCCCUGUAUACGAGAACUACUGACAAAGGGCGAUCUAUCCAUACAAGGGAUCUCUAAAGAAGGUCAUUCGAUUGACCUCGACGAAGUCAUCACUGCCAACGACGUGCGAGACUACACACGGCUCAUCGUUAGCUUGUGA